AUGCCUCCCCCAUCCAAGCUGAGAGCCGAUGUUGAGGCCCCAGAUCAAGUCACCGAAGAGGGCAUCAAAGGGUUUCUGACCGGCGUGGCUCGGUUCGGCUCUCUUUCCAUCAUUGCCCACCUGAUCCUCGCUCUCCCCCACCCUCUCCAUUUCGCUGACCAUACCCCUACCCCUCCUUCGUCCUCGUCUGCCUCGUCUCGCUUCCGCAGGCGCCCUAUCAUCAAUCCCGCCUCCUUCUACCGCCCGUUGAUGUCCAUCUCCGAGUCCAUUGCCUCCGUAUCGAAAGUAUACCGCGGACUGACCCCGCAAUUCAAAGUGUUUCUACAGAUCGCUGCCAUGACGUUUGGCGGCUGUAUUUGGGCAGAAAGGCGGGUGCAGGAGUAUAUGGAGGUCUUGAGGAAGGUCAAAAGAGCGGAGAGGAGGCGAGAUAUGGAGCAAGAUUAG